GUGUGUGUAUGCAGCAGGACAGAGCUUUCACCUCUGCAAGCAAAUAAGGUGAGCUUUUCUAUUCAGUACUGGAAAUCUCCUCCCAUGUCUUUGUGUCUAAAUAGGAUUUACUAGCACCUGUAGUCUGGAGACGAAAAGCAGGAGCUGGGCAUCUCUUGUCCUCAUUUUUCUUUUUUUUUCUUUUCGUCUGGGUGAAUUCGAGCUUGGGAGCGUGCUUGAUUUUUGUAUUUUUUUUUUCUCUCCGCAUGCUCUUCUCUUUGUGCGUGCUACGGUAAAUCCAGGAAGUCUGUGUUUUUGGACUACUAUUGGAUUUUCUUUGCAUUGCCAGAUCAGCACUUAGUGUUCCACACACACACACACACACACAUGGCCCACCUCAGGCUUAAGGGGUGGAGAUUCCAGCAGUCAGUCAGGCUGAGGAAAGCGAAGCAGGUUUAUCUUCCUGUCGUGCUAUCUGCAGAGAGAGAGAGGGAGGGAGGGAGGAAGGAGUGACAACACAUUCCCAGCCUACAAGGAACUUGCUCAAGCAGGAGAGCAUUCAUUCUGCCAGGAUCCACUCGUCCACUCUCACACAUACACUCUCUCUUCUCUCAGACACACUCACACACACACACACACACACACACUGUCUUUGUUGCUCGUAUCCGUCUCUCUCGCUGUGUUGUGGGCCGUGUGUUUGGAGCUGCGGCGGUCCAGCAGGAUGCACCUGCCGCUGGACUGGCACCGCCGGCUGACGCUGAGCACCAUGCUGCCCUACUUCGUGGAGAACGCUGUGCUCACGCAGCACGAGAUCUACCGCAUUCUAAGCGAGAGCUUCUUGAUGGUGAAGGGAGCUGCGUUGUUCCUGCAGCAGGGCAGCAGUGCACAGGGUCCGAGGACUCAGUCCCACCACAAACAUGCAGGAGAUUUACCUCAGCACCUACAGGUUAUGAUCAACAUCCUUCGCUCUGAGGACCGAAUCAAACUGGCGGUGCGGUUGGAAAGCGCUUGGUCAGAACGGGUGAGGUACAUGGUGGUGGUUUACACAAGCGGCAGACAGGACACGGAGGAAAACAUUCUGCUGGGGAUGGACUUCAGUGAUAAAGACAGUUGCUCCAUAGGGAUGGUUCUGCCUCUUUGGAGUGACACAAAGAUCCAUCUAGAUGGAGACGGGGGUUUCAGCGUGACGACGGCAGGACGCACUCGCAUCUUUAAACCUGUGUCAGUUCAGGCCAUGUGGUCGGCUUUGCAGGUGCUGCACAAAGCGUGCGAGGUGUCACGGCGCUAUAACUACUUCCCUGGCGGAAUCGCGCUCAUCUGGACGGGCUACUAUGAGAGCUGCAUCUCCUCUGAGCAGAGCUGCAUCAAUGAAUGGAACGCCAUGCAGGACCUGGAGACGUUGCGGCCCGACUCCCCUGCUAUGUUCGGAGACAAGCCGACUGAGAGAGAGCGAACCGAAUGCCUUAUCAAAACCAAACUCAGGAGCAUCAUGAUGCUGCAGGACCUGGAGAAUGUGACAUCUAAGGAGAUCCGAACUGAGCUCGAGCAGCACAUGAACUGCAACCUGAAGGAGUACAAAGAGUUUAUUGACAACGAGAUACUGCUGAUCCUGGGUCAGAUGGAUAAAGCCACACUCAUAUUUGAUCACCUCUACCUGGGAUCUGAAUGGAACGCUUCUAAUCUAGAGGAGCUACAGGAGACUGGGGUGGGCUACAUUCUAAAUGUCACCCGGGAGAUCGACAACUUUUUCCCGGGGACUUUUUGUUACCACAAUGUGCGUGUGUACGACGAAGAGACCACGGACCUGCUGGCUCACUGGAACGACACGUACAACUUCAUCGUUAGGGCUAAGAAGAAUCAAUCCAAAUGUCUGGUCCACUGUAAGAUGGGUGUCAGCCGCUCAGCCUCCACAGUCAUAGCCUACGCUAUGAAAGAGUACGGCUGGACCUUGGAUAAGGCCUACAACUUUGUCAAACAGAAACGCAGCAUCACCCGGCCCAACGAUAGCUUCAUGAGGCAGUUGGCCGAAUACGAGGGCAUUCUAGAUGCAAGCAAGCAACGUCACAAUAGGCUCUGGCAUCCAGACUCUGAGUGUGAUCACCCGGAUUGUCAGCGUCCCACAGCACCCUGCUGCACUGACCCCUUAUCCCCAGGGGCCGGUCCUUCCUGCUGCGAGGCUGCUGCUCAAUCUUCACCCCUUGCUUUGGAACUUGACCCUUCCAACCCCCAAAAUUUCAACUACUACUUCCGACGUCUGUCAGACUCUGCGUUGGACAGCGAGCCGUCGACGCCAGUGCGUAUGCCGCCACCUCUGCUGGACGUGGAUCGCGUCUACAUUGAGAUCGAGGAUGUAGAGCGUGAUGCCCUGCUGGACGAUGAGGCGUUUGAAACCCCCCGUUUUGCUGCACCUGCUGGAGAGGGCACUGCAGCACAGACGUGCACCCGUGGUGCUGAACCUCUGGAGGAGCUGCGGUUGCGCCUUGAAUUCAGCACUGUUGAAGAGGAAGAUGAGGAGGAGGCAAAGAAAGAACAAGAGGAGAUGCAGGCACUGGCUGAGGGGGGUAGAAGAGAGAGAGAAGGAGUAGGGGAGGAGAGUGGCAUUGAUCUGGGUAAAUUGAAUCACCUGUGCAACGAGAACUCCAACAACAACAACCACCUUCGAACACAAAACAGUCUAGCUGAGAGUACCCUUAAAAAACAGACAUCUAAAUCCAGACCAGUAUUCAGUUCCUCCUUAACACCAAGUACUGUCUUUGAUGUUGGUGGAUCUGUAUUUGGCCCCUUAACACUCUGUGGUGUGCCUAGCAUCUCUGUCGAUGUGCCAACUUGCACCAAUGUUGCCAUCAUGGCCAUCACACCCACACGACUGUGGCCCUGUGGCCCAAACUGCAAGUGUCCCAAGUGCAGCAAGACAGCUACAGAUUUGUGCCUAGCCUCAGUUUCCCAACCCUCGGAUCAUAAGGACAAGUCUAGAAGCCAGCCACAGAAACCAGAUCAUCAAAAAACAAAAAAGGAUACAGCACUGGGGCUAGUGUUGAAAGAAAAUGAUGGUGCAGCAGGCAAGGACAAGGUAGAAGAAAGGUUACCAGGCCUACCUAGAGACGGGAACUCUCAGCAAAAGCAGGAGGCACUAGACCAGCUACAAAGGUCUGGCCUGGUCCGGCGCCGAGCUGAGAGGCUGGAGAAACUUUCAGGCAUGUUCCAGGAACGGUUCCGCGAACACGUUGCUGCACAACACUCUGCCGAGACACCAGAGCGUUCUUCAGCGGCUAUAGACCCUUUGUCUGGAAUAUCAGACUUUUGGACAUCAGUACCACCUGCAGUUGAAGACACGGGAGCACUGACGCUAGUCUCAUCCCCGCACGGCUCCACGCUGACACGUAGCUCAAGCAGCGACAGCAUCCGCAGCAUUCGUGGAAAGCCUGGUCUGGUGCGCCAGCGAGCACAGGAAAUUGAAGCAAGGAUGCGUCUGGCCGGGCUUACAGUACCUUCCCGUCUAAAGCGCUCCAACUCGUUAGCCAAGCUCGGAAGCCUCACCUUCUCCACAGAGGACCUGUGCUCCUCAGCAUGCUCUUCUGAUGCUGGCACUCUUCUUCUUCUCACACUUUCCCCAGAGCCAGAGGGCACCAUCAGUCCAGAAUGGGAUCAUGACAAUCUCUGCUCUGCCACUACAGCCAUGGAGCUCUUCCGUCCAGGAGCAGCAGGAAUACCUGAGCCCAGAAGCUGACAGUAAGGAAGGGGGAUUUGUGCAAGGUUAUGUUGUACUUGGACAAAGACACCCUUCCUGAAAUCCUCCCUCUCUUGAACAGGAGGAUUGGCCAUUCGCAAAUCAGUACCCAGGUUGGAUGUUAGGGUUUGCAGUCAAAAAAAGAUCUCUUUAAUGGGUGGAUCAGGAAUGGAUUUGCUAAAGUGUCUAUGACCUGUGUGCAAGGACUGUGCUUGAUCCAUAAUAAAUGUAGAGUUCGGGGGAAAAACAGGGUUUGCAUCACAAAAAACUGCUGUCCCAAAAGCAUUGACCACUGGUAGUCCAAAAAACGGCAUCAACAGGGAGCAUCGCGGUGAGGUUCUGAACAGUUGCACGGAAGGACUAUGCAGUAGACAAAUGAACAAAUCGAGUUUGAACAGACCUUUUGAAUGCUGUGAAUAUAAAAAAAAUGCUCCUCAAGGAAACAGGAUAUCCAAAUAUCUUGAGAUGGCUCAAGUGGUUUUAAGCUUUUGUUGCAUGGAAUUCACGCUGAAGAUGUGUCAUAAGAACUACUUGUACGCCGAGUGCUCUUUAGCCAAGCAUCCAAGGGAACCAUUGCUUUGGUUCUCCUUCCUGCUAAGCAGCCAUAUUUCACAAGAAAUUGCUACCUUGUUUGUUUGUCUACAAGUCUGGUCUGGUGUGAAUCCCAUCUUACUUGUCCAUUUAAAUGACACUUAUGGAUUCUUCUGAACAGCCUAAGGAAAGGAAAUUUCCAACUCCCUGCUAGUUACUUGGUGUGUGCUGAGAAGUUCAAGGGACGAACACAAUUCUGUUUCAAUCUUCCUCUGCUGUUCACUCUGCUAUGUAUAUCAACAAAUUUUGCUGGAGAUACUUAGCUGUAUUUUGCUUUGGUCUGAAUUUCACGGUUCAUUUUUGUUAACUCUGGGCACAUGAUGGUAGUUAGGACCUCUUUGAAAUAUGACCUUGAAAACACUAAGAUGUGUUUUGGUCCAGACCCUCCUUUUUCUUGAUUGCUUUAAUAUGGAAUUUAUCGCUGUAGCACCUUAGGGAUCUGUCCAAAAAAAUUUUAUUUAGUAAAAGCGAUGUAUCUGGGGGCUACGUAAUUCACUUCCCCAGUAGUCAUUUACCCCAGCUUUUGGUUGGAUGAUAAGAUUCGAAUCCUGGUUGUUUUAUACCACAAGAGCUAUAAUUUCCAGCGGUAUAGAACUCUACAAGGGCAGCUCUUGUCAACCCUUAACUUGGCACACACUCUGUGUGUUCUACAGGUGUACUGGGUUAUAGCACAAAAAAACAUUUUAAUAAUUCCUUAAAAAUUCAUAAAGAAGCAUAUGACGAACCAGCAAUGCCAUAUCAGUGGAUGCAAAACAUCCUAGAAACCCAGCACGAGGGCGUGUUUGGAACAUCGGGGCGCCAGAUGAGAUUCCUGAGUACUCUGCGUUCAUGCUAGCUAGCGAAAAAAAAACAGCAGCAGGCAUCUGUUUCAUUUUGCCACACAGGGUGUACGGUUGUCACCAAUUCCAGCAAUAAGAGCCAGGGGAUAUAGGUGGCAUUUGAAUUAAGUUUUCAAUUCAGUACAAUUUUUGCAAUGCUAAUUUCUUCUCACCAUGGGUUGCCAAUUUACGCCCUUUCCAUACUUCAGUUCCUGUUUUCAUUUACUUCUAAAUUGUUUGCCAAAAGAGUCUCCUCUUGGUGCAGUAUUUCUAUGAGUACUACAUUUUACUACCAAUUUCCAAGAAAUUUCUUGUCUUCCUGUAACACAAGUUUCCCAAAGUCAUCUUUUCAGUCUUCUUAUGUCAGCAACUUGCUUUUUUAAAAUUUAUUUAUUUAUAGUUGUAUUUAACUAAAUUAAAGUUAAUGCAAAAAAAAAGCUCCAUUCAACCUACGACAAAUUCUUUUCUUGACAGCUGUAUAACCAUAUCGAUUAUUUAUCGAUUUUUGUUGACUAGCAGCUGUAGGUUGUGGUGUAUAAUAUAAUGUAAGCUCCAGCGAAACAGCUUUUACUAUGGAAACUUAUCAGAACAGUCGAAUAAAUAUAAAGCUGUGAUUUGCCUUGAGACAGGCUGCACUUGCAUAAUAUCAGUCUACACCAUCCGAUCAUCGGAAUUUCAACAUACAACAAUGGCCAAUAUUGCAUACACGAGCAAAGCCAGCUGCUAGCAUUAACCCAGAGUACAGAUCGAAAGAUUCUCUCCUCUGGAAGCUUCCUGAUGUGACCACGUUCUAGUGACGGAUCGCCUUCUAUAGAACGAACCGCAUCGAGAUCGAAACCUGAGGUCUGUUUUUUUCCUGCUGAACAAAUAUGAAUGGGAUUAUUAUUAUUUUUCUUUUUUUUUUCAGAAUAUGAUUACAUCUUGGUGUGUUUAUGAAAUAUGUUUCAGACCUGAAAAAACAAUCACAGAUACACAAACACAACCAUGUGUAUUUGUGUAUUGUGAGUGUGUGUGUGCCAUGUGUGUGUAUUAUUGCAUUCCAACAUGACAGAGUUUGGGAGUUCGAGAUCUUGUGACGUAUGUCAAUGUGAGCUGUCGAACAAUUUGUGAGAAAAAUGUGAACGAUCACAAGA